CCUCAAUCAUGAAUGAUAUACAUCUGGUAGGAUGUGUGUUGAUUAUGUCAGCCAUCUGCAGCUCAGCUGUCAGAGUUGGCAUCGUCGGAGGUGGCAUCGGCGGCUCCUCGGCCGCCUACUUCGUCCGUCAGCUGUUCAAGGAGGACGCCGACAUUCAGCUGUACGAACAGAACAGGAUCGGCGGCCGCCUGGACAUGGAGGAGGUCAACGACCACUGGUUCGAGUCUGGAGGCUCUAUCAUACAUACCAAGAACAAGUACAUGAUGGAUUUUAUUGAUAAAUUCGGUCUGCAGCGCAGACCAGACUCUGACGACACGUUCGGCCUCUGCGACGGCCAGCAGCUGCUCUUCGUCAGCUCCAGCUGGUCUUUCGUCACCAUGGCCAAGCUCUUCUGGCGCUACGGCUACGACGUCAUCAAGCUGCAGCGGCUGGUGUCCGCCAUGCUGCUCAAGUUCAGCAGUAUUUACAACCUGCUGGACUCGGGCGCGGCCUACGACACCGUGGAGGACCUCAUAAUGGCCAUGGACCCCAGCCUGAUCAAACUGAUGGGCCUUCCACUCUCACAAUACCUCAAGCUGAGCGGCUUGCAGCCCGGCUUUGUGGAGGAGAUGGUGACAGCCGCCACGCUAACCAACUACGGACAGAGGCCUGAUAUCCACGCCUUCGUCGGAAUGGUGGCGCUGGCGGGCGCGGCAAACGAGCUAACUGCAGUUAUGGGCGGCAACUAUCAGGUGGCGGUGAAAGCGGUCGAGGAGUCGGGCGCCACAGUACGCAAAGAGCGCGUAGAAAAGAUCAAGUUCACUGGCGACGCGUACCUGGUGACGUCAGCAGACGGCGGCGGCGCGCCGCAGACGCAGGUGUUCGACAUCGUGAUAGUGGCGGCGCCGCAGACGGCCGACCACGCUCCGAUCGUGUGGGAGGGCCUGCCGGUGCCGCUCCACUUCCCCGGGCGCUACCACAACCUGAGCGUCACGUUCGUGGACGGGGAGCUGCGGCCGGGAGCGCUCGCGGCCUCCUCCCUCCCGGAGGACAUACUCUGCUCGGCUGGCUGCGCCGAGUUCAACUCCAUCGGCCGCGUGCGGCCGGUGAGCGGGGCGCAGGCGCCGCACGCCGUCCACAAGGUCUUCUCCAACGCGCCGCUCAGCGCCCCGCAGCUGGACGCCCUGUUCGCCGCCAGGCGGCGCGAGCGGCGGCUGUCGUGGCUCGCCUACCCGAGCUACGGCGUCGGCGCGCCGCUGGGCAACUUCACGCUGCGGGACAACCUGUACUACCUGAACAGCGUGGAGGCGGCAGCCUCGGCCAUGGAGAUGUCCGUGGUCGCGGCGCGGAACGUGGCCAACAUGGCGUUCGCGCGCUGGUACAACCGGCCGCCGCCCGACAUGCGAAGGUUCGAGCACACCGAGCUGUGAGCACUGCCUAGCGGAGUGUGGACCUGGACCGACCGGCGAUGGCGCCUGCGAGCGCUGAAGAGCCUGCUGGUCUGCGACAGGCUGAAGUAUCUGUCUAUGGGCGGUGGCCGUUUGUCAACUUGGUAUGAUGUGCUGCGUGAUGAUGGUGCUAGCUGCCGUUUAUGAUGGUGAUACCUCAUGAUGGUGAAGAUGUCAGAGGACCGGUGAGAUAUGCCGCCUGAUAUGAUUGAUGCUGCUGCCUGAGGAUGAUGGUUGAUGAUGAUGAAGGGGUCUGCGCACUGGUCUCCUGCGGAAGCCCAGGCGAAGUCAGUGCCUGCGCUCGCGUCUGGUGUUGUAGUGACGCCUGUGAUGAGAAGCGCUUCCUCCGGAGGGCUAGUGCGCAGCCUUCGACGAGAAGCGG